AUGGACCAGUACCUCGCUCCCCACACCCAGGAGGCUAAAGCCCACUUUCACCUGUCAGAAAAUUGGUUCGGCUGGGACGUCGAGCACCCUUCUCUGGACGAGACGCUAGUUGCUGGCUGUGCCUCUUAUCGUGCAUUCAAUCGCUAUCUCAGUGGCGCGGACCUUUUCAUCCUGCCCAGGACCAGGACUGAACUGGAGAGCAUUCUACGGAGAUACGCUGUCGAUGCGAUCCAUAACACCAUCUCGGUUUCGCGUUCCCCACUCCAGCCUGGGGGAUACAGCAGGGUCUGUCAUCUUGCCGAAGAUUCUAUCCGUGCCGUGUUGAACACAGGCGACAACGUCGGCAGCCUUCUCGCCCUCCAUCUCCCGAAGCGUGCGGAGGGCGAAGAUGUACACCUCGAAUGUACACCUAGCACAUCCAUCAGGUUGAAGUGA